UUUAAAUUGAUGAUUGAACAAAGGAGCGUGCUUUGAGAUUCCCUCGAAGUCGCGGUUGGAUUUUGACCACGUUCGCCAGCUUAUUAUUCAAUCUGAACUGGGUAAAGAAUUUGACUGACUACCAUACUAAAGCUAAAUUUUGGAGAAUUGUACUACAUAAAACAUGAGUAGUAGUGAUGAAAUCUCUUGGAUAUCAUGGUUCUGUGGCCUACGUGGAAAUGAGUUCUUUUGUGAAGUAGAGGAGGAUUACAUCCAAGAUCGAUUCAACCUUACCGGUUUAUCAGAGCAAGUUCCUGAAUACCGUGAUGCUCUCGAUAUGAUACUUGAUUUGGAAACUGACCCUUCUGAUAAUCCAGAAAAUACCGAUCUCAUUGAACAAGCAGCUGAAAUGCUUUAUGGACUAAUACAUUCUAGAUACAUUCUGACAAAUCGUGGUAUUUGUUUUAUGGUGGCGAAAUGGCAGCAAGGGGAUUUCGGUUAUUGUCCUAGAGUUUACUGUGAAAGUCAACCAUGUUUACCAGUCGGUUUAUCAGACGUUCCGGGUGAAGCUAUGGUUAAGAUAUAUUGUCCUAGAUGUCAAGAUACCUAUACACCGAAAUCUACUCGUCAUCAUCAUACAGAUGGAGCGUAUUUCGGUACUGGCUUUCCGCAUAUGUUGUUUUUAGUUCAUCCAGAGUACAGACCAAAACGAGCUAGUAAACAGUUUACUGCAAGGUAGGUUUUAUUAUAGGAAGUGUUUAUACUUAUUUUGAUAUGCUAUACAAAUUGUGUAUUAAUUACUUAGGAGAAAAAUAAGAUAAUGCAGCUACGUAAUCCAACGCCUGUUUUCAGUCACAAGUUUGAGCCUAACUCAACCUAAUUCGCUUUGAGUGACCGGGUAGUAUCUUUAGGCCUCGCGCUUAGAGUGUCACUUGAAAUCAAGUACAUGGAUCUGUGCGUGAUAGGUUAUUUGGCUUUAAAAUACAUCCUUUGGCUUAUCAACUACAAUAUCAAGCUGCGGCUAACUAUGUUAUGCCUGUACGCCCUGGUUUUUCAAAACGUGCAUAAAAUUAGAAACGACUUUACUGUUAAUUGUUGUAAAUCACGUCUGAUUUAAGCGUGGUGGAAACUAAUACUUAUUUGUACUGUUGUUAUUGUUUUUUCUUCACAUCUUUUGUGAAUUCAUCAGUUAGAAAGAGAAAUAUAAUUUUAAUAGAACCAGAUAAAUGAUGUUCUCUUUCCAUGUUAGUACCCUAUUUAUUUAUAUUCAUUUCAUUGGAAAUCUGUUAAAAGAGUGCAAAUGCACUAUACUAUAUGUUCAUUUUGGAAAACUAGUCCCCAAUUUGUUCCUACUUUGAACCGUUAAUAUAGUGUACAUAAAGCGUCGAUAAACUUCAUUCUACCUGUGUAGUUUGAGCACAUGUCGUUCAGUUAAGAAUAUUAGAAGUAAAUUUUUCUGCUUUAGAUAACCUUUUGCGAUGAAAGAACAAAUGAGAAAAGUAGUUACGACGAUUUCCUGUUUUUCAUUUUGUUAGCCAACAUGCUUCUUACCAAUAGAUGUUAACUUCAUGGAUUGUAGCCUUCGUGGUAUUAUUAUGUCAUCUCUUGUAUACAUUACUAGUUUCAAUAUAAUCUUACUUCAUGGUAGACAAUGACUUAGAUUCUUAAAUACAUUUCCAAACAAUUUUAUUUGGUACAAAUAUACAACCACA